GGGCAUCAAUCGACGCACGUAUACGUUACGUUUACAUGUAUAACAUACACACGACAUAUAGCAGGGGAUUUUUACGUGAAGGAGUGGUCUGCCGCUGGUGCGGCUGGUAUUGCUGGCGUAAAUUGAUGUUUUGACCCCCGUAUUCUCGGAUUCUGUGUACUUUUUGUGUUUACUUGAUUCUCUUCACAAGAUGGGACGAAAGAGCAGACGAAAGUAUAAUCCGGAUCCAGAGGACACGGCCAAAGCUGAUAAAAAGGAAAUUACAGCACUGUGCUCACAGAUUCUGGAAAUUGCUGGCAGACCAUCACACAUGGUUCCAGCCAAACAAUGGGAAGAAUUCCUACAGAUCCACAGCCUAGUGGAGAAGAUUCGCAAGAAACAGCACGAUGUUUCCUUUGAAAACCACAAUCGAGAGGAGCAUAUUGAGGACUUCCUGGCCUGGGCCCACAGCCAAGGCAUAAUAUUUGACUCUGUCACCAUCCAUAAGUUUGACAGCCAGGGUCUUGGGCUGAAAGCUGUCAAAGAAAUCAAAGAACACGAUCCAUUCGUGGCAGUGCCAAGGAAAGCUAUGCUCAGCGAGGAUCGCGUGCUCGACUCACCGCUAGGUCCUCUUAUCCGAAAGGAUCGCGUCUUGCAAGGCAUGGCCCAUGUUGCUCUUGCCCUCUUUCUGUUGAUGGAACGCCAGUCAGAAAAUUCUAACUGGAAAGCGUACAUAAACACCCUACCAAAUUCCUACCAAGUGCCACUGUACUUCACUCCUGAGGAGUUACAACAGCUGCAGGGAUCCCCAACAUACACUGAAGCACUAAAGCAACGCAAAAACAUCGCCAGGCAGUUUGCUUACUUCUACAAACUCUUUCAGACACAGGUGGAUGCAGCGAAACUUCCAUUGAAAGAAUCCUUCACCUAUGAUGGAUACAGGUGGGCGGUAUCAGCAGUGAUGUCUAGACAUAAUCAGAUCCCAUCUGGGGAUGGUUCCCGUCUCGUCACCGUGCUCAUCCCACUCUGGGAUAUGUGCAAUCAUACCAAUGGAGUGAUAACCACCAGCUUCAAUUUGCAGCGAGACAGCUGCGACGGUUUGGCCCUUCACGACAUCGCCGUAGGCGAGCAGGUCUGUAUCUUCUAUGGCCUGCGCUCCAACUCGCACCUGCUGCUCUACAGCGGCUUUGUGUACCCGGAGAGUGAGUGCGACAGUGUUAGCAUUCAGCUGGGCAUCAGUAAGAAUGACCGCCUCUAUGCCAUGAAGAGCCAGCUCCUUGCCAUGAUGGGAUCGGCAGAUUCAACUAUCAACUUGGCAGUGGAAGGUGGUGAUAAUCCCAUCAGUCCUGAGUUGAUUGCAUUCCUUAGAGUCUUCUCUAUGGACGAGGAAGAGUUAGUGAUUCGCAUGUUUGACAAGAACAAGACAGAAUCCCUUGGCCGUCUGAUCCGUCCCAAUUGCCUGGUCAGCAAAGCCAAUGAGCUGAGAGUCUGGACCUUUCUCGAGACGAGACUGUCCUUGCUGUUGAAACAGUACAAGACCACAGUUGAGGAGGAUGUGGAUCAACUCUCCCGGACGGACGUGUCGGCCAAUGCCAAGCUCUGCAUCCAGCUGCGUUUGUUGGAGAAACGCAUCCUGCACAAUGCCAUGGCCUACAUCAAGACCCGCCGCAAGGACACGGAGGAGCUGGCCGAGGAUGCUACCAGCUACCAGGAAGAGCUGGAAUUGGAGGAGGCAGACAAAGUAGCAGAGGUACCCGACACCAGCCCCGCACCGAUAACGAGGUUGGAGUACAAGACUGCCAUCGACAGCUCCUCCGACAGCAGUUCCUCCAAUAGAAACUCUUCACUUUCGCUGCAGAGCGACACCAGCGACGAUUCCGUAUUGAAGCCGGCGAGUCCGAUCGAGGAGCUGCCGGAGACCACAAGUCCGCUCGUAACCAAUGGGGACAGCACUACAACCUGCCACAGUAAAGUCAAAGUCAGUGGCGCAUGCACAGUGGACAGUCUGAACAACGCUCUGAACGGCAUCAGCCUGAAAGGGGAUAACAGUCAUCCAGUCGAUGUUGGCACGGAAAGCAAGCACACAGCAAUGUCUAAUUGUCACAGCGAGUUGAAUAGCAGUGUCGCGGAUGGUUAGAAACAGAGUCCAGAUAGAUGUGUGUUGGCAGCCUUGUUGAGGCUUAGGCUUUUAAAGUUCUUUUUCCCAGAAGCACAUGAGCAAGUCUUGGAUUAGAGGAUAAGAUGUUUGUAAUGGUGAAGCUGAGAAUGUUAGUUACCCAGAAGCCAAGAGGGUUGGAGGAACUGACUUCACUUAACCUCUUCCCUAACCUCAUAGGACUGUCAAAAUCGAUUAACCACUUGCUGCUGGAUAGAAUUUGAAGUCGCAUGACGUAAAACUGGGAGAUUUUCAAGUUUUUCUGUUUUCAAAAUGCUUUAAAAAAAUUAUAACUUCAUUUACUGGAUGUUGGCAUU